UUUUCUUUAAAUUUUAGAAACAGAAGAGUCCUUUUGGAAAUUUUCUUCCUGUUUUACUAAAUAUAUACUAAUUCUCCAUUAUAAUAUAGAAAUGAAAAGAAAAAGUCCCCAGGAAAAAAUUCAAUGGCUUUUUAAAAAAAUGUACCUUUUUCUUUUGAAAAGGAUUUAAACAAACCCAAAGUGAGCAUAAAAAAAAAAAAAUCCUUUUUAUUUUUUCAAUCCAUAAGAAAGUGAUGAGUGUCCUAAUUUCUUUUUAAGCAUGAAACUACUACUGAAAUUAGAUGCUUCUACAAAUAAGAAAUUAAGAGAUAAAAGAAUCUCUGAGCUUAUAUAAUAGAAUCAGAACUCAGACUGUUUGGCCUAAUUAUGGAGGGCAAGAGAGAUGCUUAUGACUCUUACAGUCUAUUGUUUACCCCAGAAAUGAACAAAUACACAGUAAUACUGUAAUCAUCUCACAUCUACAGUCACUGCUCAUGUCUUAACUGUUUAACACAACUACACUACUACUUACGACAUGACAAUAAAAGACAGAAAGGGCUACAACCUAAUGAUUAGAACCAAUCCGUUACUUUGACCACCAAAGAAGCAGCCCAAACUAUCAUUUUUAUAAAGCACUGUUUUUUUCCAAUGAUUUAUAAAUAGGCAAAUAUCUUAUAGCCCACACAAAGAGAUACAAGCAAACCAUCCCAAGGUUUGACUCUACUUCUUAUUAAGAUCAGUUUAUGAGAAUCAUAUAAAUGCAGGCUAAGACAAAUAUGUUCUAAAAGCACUUAUAAGGGUAUGAAAAUUACCUGGAAAUAUAAUAAACAUACCAUCUGUCCAGAUACUUUUUAAUUUGAUGGAAAGAAAACCUACAUCAAUAAUACCUACCAAGCAAUAAUAAUUUUUUAAAUACCAUACAAGCAGAUGUAAAAUUAUAUAGAAAAAAGAUCAUGUAGGAAACCUCUGUCAGUAGGCAGAAAUGGUAGUUAAGUUUACACAUUUUAAAGGAACAUGUUAUUUAAUUCCCUUUUCUUUCUUUUUCUUUUUAAUAUAAGGAAGCCUGGCCAAGGGCAGCAGGUGGCUUGCCCAAACUGACACAGCCAUGUAACCAACAGAUUCCCAGUCAGGCCGGCUAGAUUCCCCAUCCUGUCUUCCUCAUGUUAAAACCACACCGACUACAUGAGUCCAAAGAAUGGAGUUCCUCAGGGCAAUCUGUUAAGUGGGAAUCAAAAAUUCACUUCUCUCAAUUACUUCACUUUCUAACACAUUUUGACAAGAUCUAGCAAGGUUUUAUAUGUAAAAUGGAUACUGCUUCACAGCUUUGACAUAGUCUUUUGACUGUCCCGUUCAUAGGUCUUUUCUGUGUAUUUAGUUGCAAGAAAUAAUAAACUGUAAAAGGCUAGAGCAAGAGUGCUACAAAAGCUGUAGAUAAGAAGUAACAAUCCUAAAAAGGCCCAAAUGGGAAUAAUUAAUUUUGUUAGCUAUAGUAUUUAUACAAAGGCUAUCUCCCCAGUAAUGAAUUUUAGAACUUAAUAGGUUGAAAAUCAAGAGGAAUCAUGAACUACCCCUCCACCAAAUUAAUUGUGACAAAAUAAGCAAUCAGUGGUUCCAUAGGUAGAACAGCACUAGUAUAUAGGUCCACGAGCAUUUUUACAUGGACAGGAAGCAGGAAACAAUAAAGGUCAAAGCCAUGGAUACUGCAAAACCACAUAGCAGUUCACAAACUCAAUGAAGGUAGCCAACUUCCCUUUAUUGCUAUAUCCUUCUUCAAGUUCAAAAGACCUUUUCUGGAGUUUCCGUCAUGGCUCAACAGAAACAAAUCUGACUAGUAUCCAUGAGGACGCAGGUUCAAUCCCUGGCCUCACUCAGUGGGCUAAGGAUCUGGCAUUGCCGUGAGCUGUGGUGUGGAUUACAGACACAGCUCUGAUCUGGUGUUGCUGUGACUGCAGCGUAGGCUGGAGGCUAAAGCUCCAAUUCAAUCCCUAGCCUGGGAAACUCCACAGGCCACAAGUGUGGCCCUAAAAAAAAAAAAAAAAAAAAAAAAAAAAAGCCUUUUCUUUCAUAAGUGAUGAUAAGAGCAUUGUAUUUUUAAAAGUAUUUUUUCACCUGGCAAAAUACAAACUUGGCAAUGCUUCAUAAAAACUCUCUUCUCCACACUUUGUUUCAACUCUACCGGCCUGCAGAAUCCAAGACCAGACGAUGUUAUAAUUCUGACUGCACUAACCUUCAACUCUUGCAAGAUGUCUCUUCCUUAACUGAAAAUGUAUUUCUUGCCUACAAAUCAUAGGUCUUAACCUAAAAGCAUUUCUGAAGAAUACUCUGUAGAGCCUCUUGAAGAAAACUAAUCAAAUUGCGUUAUUCAUAAAGGCUAACCAGAGUCAAAAUACCUAUCUUGGAGGCAAUAUAGCACUGCCUCUAGACUACGGACCCAGCAGGAAUACAUCACCACUUAUUACUACUUUUGUGAUCUUAGGAAACUCACUCUGCCUCAGUUUCAUUACCUAUAAAAGGUACCAUUUUUAAUAAAUAGUACUUACUACUGUGAAAGCAACUAACACUAACCAAGAAGUCUGUGUGUCAAGCACUGCUGCUGGCUUUACAUAAGUCCAUACAUGAGAAGUGCUUGGUGUGAUUCCUGGCACAGAGUAAACUAUACAUAUUAGCUAAUAUUAUUAAUUGUUGACAUAAAAAUCAUGUAUAAAGCUAAGGAUGAUUUAAAAUGGAUACUUGAGACAUUUAUGAGGAUCAGAAGAGCAUCCACUAAGGGUGCUAAAAAUCUGGCUGUCAAAAGACUAUUUUGUUAAUGCAUUACCAAUCAUCUUGGGAAAAACUUUUAUCUCACCAAACUCUCUUAAAACAAGACAAAAAGACCCAACUGUUUAAGUUAGGCAGACUUGGAAAACAAUCCAAACAAUCCCAGGCCCCCAUCUCCCUUGUGUAAAUUUCUUUUAUCUGCCAGAUCCUCAGGGCUCUCACCUGAAAAGUAGAAUAAUAAUGUCUAUCUUACUGAGAUACCAAAGUAUUAGAGACAAUGCAGUAUGAAACACCUAGCACAGUGCCUAUGGAUAUUUUGCUGUUGUUAUUAUAACUUUCAAAGGGGCAGACAAAGAUGGGGUCUUCUAAAACAUCAAAAAGCCUAGCAAAAUAAGUCAUUAAAUAGCUGUGUCGAGAAAAACAAAAAACAAAAAUACCAAAUGACAAUGAUAGACUGUUGGGAUAAUAAAUUAUAACACACUAAUGACCUAAGAUUUUUUUUAAAUUUAUUAUAUGAGGCUGAAAUGGUCACCUAAUCUAAAUAAACUAAACGAUCAUGCCAAUGGUCCAGCAGUAACUCGAAUCCGAAGAAAAUACACGAGAAUGUCUCUAAUGUCACCAAUAAAUGUUAAAUUAGCCUUAGGACAAAAGCGAAAGAAUAAUCCCAGCUGGCGAAGGUCCAAUUCCAACAACACAGGAAAGCAGCCUCCCAAGCCUCAAAGUCCCCAGAAAGAGGAGGAUCCAGCAAACUCAAGCAACAGCCGAGCUCCAUAUGCCUCUAGUUCCCUUCUUAAGCAUCACUGUCAUUCAAAAGAUGGGAAGAGAAUAUGCAACAUUUCCAAGGGCAUCUGCUUCUGAAGGAAGAAGCAACAAAAAGAGUCAACCAUAAACUCCUAGUAUUGGACUAUGGCAAAGAAGAAAGUAGCACUUAAUGUAUUUCCCAUUCUGUUCCUGGUUGUUUCUGCAUAGAUCUUUGAUAUCUAUGGUAUGCAAUGACAGUCACAUGCAAAGCACACAUCAGAUUUCUACUCACCACAAAGAGAAAAGCAUACACAGAUGAAAACUGCUUACAGCUGAAAACUAAUUUUACUAAUUAUGCUUUUAAAAUGCCAUUUGAUGUCUAAAUGGUUAUUUUAGCUCAUUAAACUCAAAGCUUUUUCUUCUGGUUCAUUUACUCUCAAAAUUAAUAUUACCUAGGAAUCUCUACCUGGAAUUUCUUAUUUUGCCAAGAAAAUAAUUUUCUCUCCACCCCACAAUCUAAUCAGAAUCUAGAAGUAUUCAAAAGGUCGGUAGUCCAUCAGCCAUAAAGGAAAAGACUCCACAAAAUAACAAAAACAAAGCAAACCUAAUCCUAAAACUUUCAAUAGGCUAAUUAUAAAGUAUCCAAGAGAACUAUGGAUCUCUAAAAGUUUUUCCUUAUCCAAAGUUUGACUUCAAAACAUUUUCAGACAGUUUUACACUACACUGCUAAAUGAUGUCUAUUUAUUUAUACAGAGGAACAUGUAUUUAACUUUCCUUUUAAUUAUAAGUUAUAAUUAUCAAUUAUUUACAGCUAAUAAUUAAGUUGUUAUUUAUACAUAAUGUUCAGUCAAAGUGAUACACACCUGAAACCUGGAUUUGUGCAGGAAAGGUAACAGAAGUGUCAAAGGAGACAUGAAUCGAAAUCCCAACCCUUGGGGAUUUGCUAAUAUGCUGAACAAUAUUUUAACAGUCAUUAAAGGAAACAAUAAAAGACACUCCAAAGCAAUCUAUGAUUAGCUAUCACAAGAAUGACUUGGUCAGUAAAUGCUCCUUUAUGUAAAGAGAAAAGAGAAAGAGCGAUCAGACUGGGAAAGCCUGCCCAGCGGUCGGGGAAGCAUUCCAAAGAAAUUACAAAGCAAAUAACGUCCCAGAAUCUAUUAAUACUAACUGUAAAGCAGUAAAGAGUUUACUAAUUUACUUUUGAUUUCAGAGAAUUACAGCCUGAGAUGGACGGCAGUAAUUGCAAAGUUAUUGCUCCUCUCCUAACUCGGAGAUACCGGAGGAUAGUCACCAAGGAUGGCCACAGCACACUUCAAAUGGACGGCGCUCAAAGAGGUCUUGCGUAUCUUCGAGACGCGUGGGGAAUCCUCAUGGACAUGCGCUGGCGCUGGAUGAUGCUGGUUUUCUCUGCUUCUUUUGUUGUCCACUGGCUUGUCUUUGCAGUGCUCUGGUAUAUUCUGGCUGAGAUGAAUGGUGAUCUGGAACUAGAUCAUGAUGCCCCACCUGGAAACCACACUAUCUGUGUCAAGUACAUCACCAGUUUCACAGCUGCCUUCUCCUUCUCCCUGGAGACACAACUUACAAUUGGUUAUGGUACCAUGUUCCCCAGUGGUGACUGUCCAAGUGCAAUCGCCCUACUUGCCAUACAAAUGCUCCUAGGCCUCAUGCUAGAGGCUUUUAUCACAGGUGCCUUUGUGGCGAAGAUUGCCCGGCCAAAAAAUCGAGCUUUCUCAAUUCGCUUUACUGACUUAGCAGUAGUAGCUCAUAUAGAUGGCAAACCUAAUCUUAUUUUCCAAGUGGCCAACACUCGACCUAGCCCUCUAACCAGUGUCCGGGUCUCAGCUGUCCUCUAUCAGGAAAGAGAAAACGGCGAACUCUACCAGACCAGUGUGGACUUCCACCUAGAUGGCAUCAGUUCUGAGGAAUGUCCAUUCUUUAUCUUUCCACUAACCUACUAUCACUCCAUUACACCAUCGAGUCCUCUGGCUACUCUGCUCCAGCAGGAAAAUCCUCCCCACUUUGAAUUAGUUGUGUUCCUUUCUGCAAUGCAGGAAGGCACUGGAGAGAUAUGCCAAAGGAGGACAUCCUACCUACCCUCUGAGAUCAUGUUACAUCACUGUUUUGCAUCUCUGUUGACCCGAGGUUCCAAAGGUGAAUAUCAAAUCAAGAUGGAUAAUUUUGACAAGACCAUUCCUGAACUUCCAACUCCUCUGGUCUCUAAGACCCCAAACAGGACUGACCUGGACAUCCAUAUCAAUGGACAAAGCAUUGACAAUUUUCAGAUCUCUGAAACAGGACUGACAGAGUAAGAAGUACUCAUAGUACCCUAUUUUUUAAUGUAUUAAACAUAAUCAGCCAGUUAUGCAGCUACUUUUCCUUCAACAUAGCUCCUUUUCUUUUUUCAAUGCUGACUACAUCUCUCUGAUGACACCACAGUGAUCAAGCCUCCACCCAUUAAAAAAAAAAAAAAAAAAGUGGCUGAA